GAGAGAACCAUCCAUCACGCGCUCGCGCACUUCUCUCAUUUUUCCCCCCCUCUUCCUCUCUUCUCUUCCUCCUCUUCUCUCUGAGCCUUCCUGUUAGCAUGGAUUGCUCCCGACUAUUUUACUGCCCCUACCUCGCAGGUUCUUUGUCUGGAUAGAUAUCUCCGCCUCCGAAGCUACCUCUUCACUUCGUCCUCAUUCCUUCUCCCCCUUUAAAUACCGUUGCCACUGCCCCAUCCACCCACUUCCGGCUCUACCCUUCCCCCUGUCCAGGUCUUUUAGAUCCCUUCUCUUAGUCUCUGGUUAGAUAUUUCUUUAGUUACUAAAGGUGAUGACGGGACAGAAGCCAUUAAUGCUCAAGGAGUACCUUGAGCUGGACUCGGAUUUGGAGUCCUGCUCUGGGUCAGGGUGCACGCUGCGGCGGGGCGACUCGACCACUAUGCGGUUCCUCCUCGAGGCGGAGCUCCGCCGUGGCGAGGGAAGGCUGGUGCGCGCCCGAUCCAAGGGUACCCUCACGAGGCUCUCCGCCGUCAUCCACGCCCUCAGGCUCCUCCCCUUCGGCGCCUCCUCCUCCAGGUGUCGGUCCUGCCACGACCGAUUCCUCACCAGAAGUCUAUCGAAGCGGUUUAGAGGAAGCUUCCGGAAGAAGAGAGGGAAGGAGGAAGAAAACGAGACUAGAGUGAGGGUCAAAGACAUUGUACGGCUAAGUUCGUUCGAGGAGGAAGGAGAGGAAAGGAAGUCGUUCGAGUUGGCCUCCCCCCUUGUCGGUAGCCGUAGCAGUUGGUGGGAGUUGGCCUUCCUGCGGUCGUCUAUCGGUAGCUCCGAGUGCCUCGGCGAGAUCGACGCUGCCGGCGACGUUACCGGCAACGACAAAAACGGCUCUCCGCCGCCGCGUAGCCCGACGGGGAGAAUGGCUGUCGGUGGGGAUUCCGUUUCCGUCGAGACGCCCACCGGCCACCGAGCCCCCAAGAGCGAAAGGAUGGAGUGCCCAGGAUGCCAGUCUGAGGAGAAGGAGCAACUAAGCCCGGUGUCUGUGAUGGACUUUCCAUAUGAGGAGGAAGAAGAGGAGCCCUCCCCCUCUCCUUCCUUCCAGCAAAGCCUCGCCAAUAUCGAGAGAACAAAGCUGCAUCUGCUGCAGAAGAUCCGACGGUUCGAGGGCCUUGCUGAGCUGGAACCAAUGGACCUCGAAGAUCGUUUGUCGUCCUUUGAGGACCAGCUGGAAUCCAGCGAGCACGUGGCAUCGGACGAAGGAGAAGACGGUCACAUAGAGACCGUGGAGAUGAGGGCAUGGGACCUACUCUGGGACCUCGAAGCUAGAGCUCGGGUGGGCCCACUCAUCGAGAAGCUUCUGGUGGACUUCUUCAUCGAACGGCUGUCCUCCUCCGAUAGUGUCGAUCACGACCGUCCAUCGCGAUGCAGGACGCACGUGAGAAUAACAUCAGGUGCACGCGAGCCGGUGGAGAUAUUGAAGGCCGCAAGGGAGUGGAUCGAUGGAGAGGCGGAGAUUAAGGAGAUGGAGGUGAACGGACGGUGGAGAUGCUUCCACGAGGAAGAGGAGGAGUUGGCCGUGGAUUUGGUGGAUGUGAUAUUCGGGUCGUUGGUAGGGGAGCUGGUGCUAGAUUAAGUAUCUUGGUAUUAUAACGAUCUUCGUUAAUUAAAUUAAUUUAGAAAUGUGGAAGCGUCUGUAUAUGUUGUGGGAUUUACAGUAGUAGGAGUAACAUCCACCAUUUUUUUUUUGUUGAUAAGACCAUCAAAUUUUGAAUGGCGAGUUCUGUAGUAAAAUUAUCUUCAAAUGGUUCUACUAUCCCUGAUCUCCAUGAGAGGAAGAUGUCGCAGGUACUGAAUUCUGAAAA